AUGGCUGCUGCUAAGAUUGCUGAGGCUGCUAAAUUUAAUUAUCCUGACAUUACUCUUAACUCUCAUGACAUGGGAGAUUUUGAACAAAUGAUGGUUAAUGGAUAUGCACCAGUUAAUACAUAUAUGUCUUUAAAAGAUGUUCAACAAGUAAUAAGUACAGGACAUAUGUCUAAUGGUGCUAUAUUUCCUAAGCCCGUUGUUUUAACUCUAAAUAAACAAGAAAUAAAAAAAAUAGAAAAAGCUAAAAAACUUGCAUUGAGAGGUCCAGAAGGUACUUUACUUGGUUUGUUAACACCAAGUGAAGUUUUUGAAUUACCACAUGGAAUUUCAUAUAAAAGAAGAAAUGCUACUAUGGGAAUUACUGGUAAAUUAGAAUUUGUUGAACCACCACCUCAUUAUGACUAUACUGAAUUAAGAAAAAUUAACAAACCAACAAACCCAUCUGUUUUUCAUGGUAUUGCUUCUCCUUUACUUAAACCAUCUAUUGACCAACUAAAAUCAUUAGAAAAAGAUGGUAUCGCACCACAUAUUGACAUUAAUGUUCUCAAUAUUCCAGCACCUCACCCAUUAGUUAAAACUACUCAAAAAUAUUUCAAAGACGUUACUGUUACUUCUCACCCACAUGACUCUAUUAGUUCAGAAGAUGUUAUUUUAAGAGGAAUUAUUGCUAAAAAUAGAGGGUUUAGUCAUUAUCUUGUUCCACAAUGUUCUCCAAAAGAAGUUUCAACUUCUUUAAAAACAAUUGGUAUAAAACCAAUUGUUUCAGCUACCCCAUCUUAUUUUGAUAAGAUGUCAUCAUCUCAAUUAAUUAAUUCUAUUCGUGAUGGAACUGCCCCAAAUGAAUUAUUGUCUAAAGAAGAUUUAGAUACUUUUAGUGAAAUUUAUCCACCAACUGAUAAACAAGGAUUGGUCUGUUUCUUUACUGGUUUGAGUGGAUCAGGAAAGAGUGUAGUUUCAAAUGCUGUAAUUGAACGAUUAAAACAACACACAAACAGACCAGUUUAUCUUCUAGAUGGUGAUAUUGUAAGAACUAAUUUAUCUUCAGAACUUGGAUUUAGCAAAGCACAUCGUAAUAUCAAUAUUUUAAGAAUUGGAUUUGUUGCAAGUUUAUUAGCUCGUUCUGGUGCUAUUGUUGUUUGUGCCCCAAUUGCACCAUAUCGUGAAAUUAGAGAUGAAGUUAGAAAGAUGGUAUCUCAAUAUGGUAACUUUGUUGAAAUUCAUAAUGCCACUCCAAUUUCAGUUUGUGAAGAAAGAGAUAGAAAAGGCCUUUAUGCAAAAGCACGUGCUGGUAUUAUUAAAGGAUUUACAGGGAUUGAUGACCCAUAUGAAGCUCCAUUAAAUCCAGAGAUUUAUUUGAACACUGCUGGAAAAUCUGUUGACCAAUGUGCAAAUAUUGUUAUUGAGUAUCUUACAAAGAAACAAUAUAUUAAAUGA